UGGUGUACUAUUAGCAAAGCCAAGACAGGCGGAGACUGGGGCACAGUUCCUACAAAAUAAUCUUAAAAUCUACCAUCGUAGGCCUUCCGCAAAGGGAAUGAAAUCCGUUGAAAUUUCAUUCAUCUUUAUAUGACAUCGGAAUUACCAGUUUCAAGUAACCUAGUAGCAAAAUAUAGGGUUAGGUACAAAUACCUAGCAAGCCACUUAGAUAGCUGGCUAGUUAGUGAGAAAGCCAACGUAAAGCACGGGACAGGACAACAUCACAGACUAAGGCUGUCCUGAAUUGAAGUAGCUAUGGUCGAAGUUGUGGUGGAGUACGAGUAUGAGGCAGGACAUGAUGAUGAGCUGACACUGAGGCCUGGGGAUGUGAUAAAAAAUGUGCGCAGAGUGGAGGAAGAAGGAUGGAUGGAAGGAGAACUCAAUGGGAAGAAAGGACUCUUCCCUGACAAUUUUGUCAAGGAAAUUAAAAAAGAAUCAAAAGAAACCAAAGAGGUGAAAGAAGAAACUCAGCCUACACGACGUGGGGCUGGAAAUGUGGCCAGUCUUGUCCAGAGAAUCAGCACUUAUGGCAUUCCAGCGGGUGGCUUCCAGCCAUGUUCCCAGCCUCGUGUCUCCAAAAAGACUUCCCCGUUCUCUUCUACCCACCACACUACCGGUUUCCAACAAGAACUCAAGAAGCGGCAGUGUAAAGCUCUAUUUGACUAUCUACCUCAGAAUGAGGAUGAGCUGGAGUUAAAAGUUGGAGACGUCAUUGAGAUCACCGAAGAAGUGGAAGAAGGGUGGUGGAGUGGUGUGUUGAAUGGGAAGUCUGGUCUCUUCCCCUCUAACUUUGUGAAGGAAAUGGAGGAAAGUGAUGAUGCCGAUCCUGACAAUGGAAACACAGAAGCAGACUGCAGUAGCAAAGAUGGCAUCAGUACAAUAUCCCCUCAUUCUGGUAAUGGGACCAAAGCUCAACCCAAGAAGGUCAAAGGAGUUGGCUUUGGUGACAUCUUCAGCCAGGGCUCUGUGAAGCUUAAGGUCCGGCUGCCCUCAGAAGUAGAUGAGAAGAAAGAGAAACCAGUUCCAUCAUUACCAUCAGCUACAAAAACCACCCAUUCCAACAUGACAGAGUCCCUGAAAGUAGAUGGGGAGAGCAAAACAAAAGUGAAAGAGUACUGCAAGGCCUCCUAUGCUUACGAUGCCACAAAUCAAGAUGAGUUGGACAUUAAGGAAGGAGACAUCAUUGAGAUUCUCACCAAGGACACAGGAGAACCUGGGUGGUGGAGGGGAGAAAUAAAUGGCAGAGAAGGGGUUUUUCCUGAUAACUUUGUGGUCUUGAUUUCUGAAAUUGACAAAGAGAAACCAAAGAAGCCACCACCUCCUUUGAAAACUACAGGUGACAAGAUGGUUCAAGAUCACAAACCAUCAAAGCCUGCUGCUCCUAUGGUUCCACCUAAAAAGCCAAUCCCUCCACCUGGCAAAGGGCGCUCAGGAGCUGGACCUCCCAAACGACCUGAGAAACCUCUAGCAUCAUCUCCUGCCACUCUAACUGCUAAACAUAAUGGAGAGGUACCUUCCACAAGACCAAAGUCAGACCUGGAACCAGCACUACACACAAAACCAAAAACAUUGUCUGGUGACUGGGGGGAGAAAACUGCUGAAACAAUUGACCUCAUGAGCUUUGAUGAUGUCUCCGCAACCUCUGAGAAACUCUCUCAUCCAACUGCAAACAGACCCAAAAUGCCCGGGAGAAGACUUCCUGCACAGUUUGGAGGCCCUUCUCCAAGCAAGGAGACAAGUGACACCAGUCUAAGGGCAGAGGAGGAUGACGUCUCUCAGUGUAAUCUGACCAAGCCUUCAGACUUUGGGAAGCCACUGGUUUCAACUGCCUCAUCAGGCUUGAACAGUAAAGUCAACACUACAAUGCCAACCUCGCCUGAAACCAAAUCCAAAGCUGGGAGGGAGAAGGAGAAAGUCAUGGAACUGGAUGAGCUUCGGACUCAGAUGAAGGAGGUCCUGUUGACUGUAGAGUUACUGAAGACUCAGCAAAUGAGAGAACUUGCUGAACUGAGAAAUGAUUUGGAAGAUGAACGUUCAAAGCGAAUGGCCCUACAGAUUGAGAUAGACAAAUUGAAGAAGAUGUUGCAGUCAACAUGAAGCUGGAAAGAAAUGGCCUAUGGGAGUGCAACCCUACAAUGUCAUCAAGACCUGCCACAGAGGAGAAGAAAGAUGCCAUUCUCACACCCUUUUAUUCCCGGUUCUAUUUAACAUUAUGGUUUCAGUUUUGCACAUAAUCAUUGUAAUUGAAAUAGAGGAAAUUGUAGGGGAAACGUGUGUAUGGGGUUCUUUUGCCAAAAUAAGUUCCUGGGGCCUUACAUUACUACUGUGCUGAGAGAAUGCCUGAACAUUGCUUUGAAAUACUACUGACUCUGUAUAAAGUGAUGGGGAAAUUAUUUUCCUUGUUCCUUAUUUUUUAUUUUUAUAAGUAGUCAUUUUGAGAUAUAUA